CAAGAUUCAGCUGGAUCUGUCUAACUGCUCCAGGAAAGAACAUCAAAUGAGCAGUUUAAGGUCGGUGUGGGGCAAAUAAGUCGCUGUUCAGACAGAAAUAGGUUAUAACACUUUGUGUCCUGGUCUAUGGAAAUAGUCCGGUCAGAUGCACUUUCACAGUGAAUCAGUGCGCAGCAGGGACGCGUGCAGCACGGAGGCUGCCAGUCCUCACCAUCCCUCCCAUUGGCUGCAGCAGGAUGCUCCGUGUCUUUCCCGUUUCCUUGAUCCUCACAUGCAACCGGAGCCGACGGAGGUUCGCAAUGGAACGAGAGGGGGAAUCUUCACCUGUAGAUAUUUUACAUUAAACUGUGUUUCACCACCCCCAAGAAAAAAAAAACACACACGGCACAUUUGAAGUAAAUGCUCCGCGCUUUGGAUAUUGCAUCGCUGUCCAGUCGCUGGAAAUAACUUCAUUAUUCCAGUUUUUUUUUUUUUUUUUUUGCGGGCGACUGUCGCUCUGUCCUCCGGUUUGACGGUAUACUGCAGGCUGUAUGGAGGGAUGUUGGCAUGGCUUGCACCAGGAGAACAAAAACUUUGGUGUCCACAUGCGUGAUACUGAGCGGCAUGACGAACAUUGUUUGCCUGCUCUAUGUCGGAUGGGUCACUAAUUACAUCGCCAAUAUUUACAUCAAAGUUCCGAUGCCUUUACCGGAGAGAAAGUUAGAGGGUGACAAAAGAGGCGACACUCUCCGGAUCAUUGAGAGGCUUGAUCGACUGGAGAAUGUGGUCAACCAGCACAUUCAAGAGACUCCAGGGAGGGGAGAAGCCGGUGAGGCGGACACAUCCUUCUCUGACUCGUCGCUGUUCGCUCACUGGGGUCAGGAUCUCAGCCCGGACAACCGGCGGGUGGCAUAUAAGAUGUUUCAGUACUAUGGAUAUAACGGCUACCUCAGUGAUCGUCUCUCUUUAGACAGACCAAUACCAGACCUCAGGCCUGAUGGGUGCAGAAACCUCACUUAUCCUUUAAACCUCCCUCAAGUGGGCAUUGUGUUCAUUUUUGUGAAUGAAGCCUUUUCCGUCAUCUUGCGGUCGAUUCACUCUGCCAUCAACCGGACGCCCUCCCACCUUCUGAAAGAGAUCAUCUUGGUGGACGACAACAGCGAUAACAAUGAGCUAAAAGAGAAGCUGCAGGAUUUUGUGUCUGAGACUAACAGACAGCAUCCAGGAUUCAUCAAGAUGGUGCGUCAUGCCAAGCAGGAGGGUCUGAUCCGGUCCAGAGUGAGCGGGUGGAGGGCUGCUACUGCCCCAGUUGUUGCCCUGUUUGAUGCCCACGUCGAGUUCAACGUUGGCUGGGCUGAACCCAUUCUGCAGAGAAUUAAAGAAGACAGAACCCGCAUAAUCUCGCCAUCGUUUGACAACAUCAAGUACGACACGUUUGAGAUUGAAGAGUAUCCGCUGUCUGCCCAGGGCUUCGACUGGGAGCUGUGGUGUCGCUACCUCAAUCCACCCAAGUCCUGGUUGCACAAUGGCAACAAGAGUGCACCAAUCCAGAGCCCGGCCCUGAUUGGCUGCUUCGUGGUGGAUAGGCUGUACUUUGAGGAGAUCGGUUUGCUGGAUGAGGGGAUGGAGGUGUACGGGGGAGAAAAUGUGGAGCUGGGCAUCAGGGUUUGGCAGUGUGGCGGCAGUGUUGAGGUUCUGCCUUGUGCUCGCAUCGCCCACAUAGAGCGUGCUCAUAAACCCUACACGGACGAUCUGACGUCUCACGUGCGGCGAAACGCCCUGAGAGUUGCAGAAGUGUGGAUGGAUGAGUUUAAAAGCCACGUCUACAUGGCCUGGAAUAUUCCCAUGGAGGACCCGGGCAUUGAUAUUGGCGAUAUCUCUGAGAGGAAGGCACUGAGGAAGAGGCUGCAGUGUAAAACCUUCCGAUGGUACCUGGUCAACAUCUACCCUGAGAUGAGGAUGUACAGUGACACCAUCGCAUAUGGAGUAUUGAAAAACUCUCUGAAGAAUGAUCUGUGUCUGGACCAGGGGCCCGACAAUGACAAUGUCCCCAUCUUGUAUCUCUGUCACGGGAUGACACCUCAGAAUGUGUACUACACCAGUACUCAGCAGCUCCACAUCGGGCUCCUCAGUCCAACAGUUGACGAUGACGACAACAAGUGCCUGGUGGACGUGAACAGCAGGCCGCGCCUCAUCGAGUGCAGCUAUGCCACCGCCAAACGCAUGAAGCUCCACUGGCUCUUCACUCAGGGAGGAUCCAUUCAGAACAGGAAAUCAAAGAGAUGCCUAGAGCUUGUAGUGAGCAGCGACAAUGAGUUUGGCUACCAACUGGCUCUGCAGAAAUGCACUGGACAGAAAUGGUUCAUCACAAACGUGCUCUUUAGCAAAUCCUUAACACUGGACUGAAAAGAUGAAUUUGUUUUUUUUUUGUGUGCACAUGUGUGUGAAAGGAUAAGAAUUAGGAGUCUGACAGAAGAGCAGUGCAUUGUUGAACACGAUGUCCUCUGAUGAGCCGAGUCGACAUCACAUCGUAAAUGUUAAACAUUUUAUUUUGCCUACAGGAUCAGCCAUAGUUGGCGGAUAUUUUGCAGAUUUGACAAGGUAGUAUAUUAGGUAUAUUUUGUGGUAAAUAUAGUACGGUCAGAUUUCCGUUGACUUAAAAGAUGUAAUGGGUCCAAUAUGUUUUUUGUACUUUGUUCAUAAUUGCUACUGUGUAGCAAGUUCUCUGAACCUGUCCCUGCUGUAAUUAUUUUUAUUUAGUGUCUCAGGUUUGUAGGUUGACUAUGCGAUUCAGCGGAACAGUUGUGGGAAAAUGUUGGAAUAAAUCUGAAAAUUAUAGAUUAUUUUCUACAUUUAAAUAUUUUGAUUAUUUGUAAUAUGUAACAGUAAAAUAACUGAUGUAAACUACUGAGUGCAAGUGUUUUUUUCUGUUCAAAUCUUAACAAAAAGGUUUGCCCUACCAUUGAAAUUAAAAGAAUUUGAACUUGGUAUCAAUCCCAAAUAUAUUUUUGAAUGUCAAACAUUUUGAAUGUGUACGUUGGCGCUGGGUGUUCAAUGCACUGCAUCUUCAGACAUAUGCAAAUACACAAAACUCAAGCAAAGGUAGAAAACCUCUUCACCGGUCUACAGCGUAACGGAAUGCACUGCAAAGUCAGACAACACAACCAAAUAUAGAAAUGUUACAAGUUGCAGAGAACUGAGUUAUAAAACAAGUUUCCAGGUGACAAUUAAAACUGAUGAAGGUACCCAUGCACGCGAUGAUGUAGUUACUCAUGAUUUUCACCGCGUCUUCCACAGGAGGUGUGGCGUGAGCAGCACGUUUGCAGAGCUGCUGUAUCGCCUUUCAUGUAGACAUGCAGUAGUGUGAACGGCUUUUCAAUGUGCACUAUAUACACUAUAGAUCAAUCAUUCAGAAAGUUCAAACUGAAAUAAACUUAAAUUGCUGGCUAAUUCUCCAACAUGGUUGAGAGGUGUUCCAAGUGUGUUUCUGCAUUGGUAGUAUUUUCUCCAUAUCUGCAAGGCAACAAAGUUAAUUGAUAGCUUGUCAAGCUGAUUAUGUUUUCUUAAUUUGCAUUUGUUUUUUUCUAUUUGCGUUUUAGUUGCAGUGUGUUGAACUCUCAAGGCCACCAUAGAUAUGGCUGUUAAAAUUACCUUUUAUUGAGCAAUACAGACUGAUGUACACGCACACACACACACACACACAAAGCAUUUACAAAAUAGAGUCACGGAAGCGGUGUCAGUUUGUAAUGACAAAUGCAAGGGCAGAAGCAGAGAAACGGGGCUGCUUUCUGCUCCAACUGUUGUGUGCACCUGGGGAGGAGACGAGUGGCACAGCCUGUUU